CGUGCUGAUCACAUCCAUCGCAUUUUGUACGAAACCGAAAUCAAUUUUUGAUUGUUCGUUCCAAAUUUUGAAUGUCUGUGACGAAAAUAGUGUAGCGAAAAUGACAUUGAUAAAUUGGUAGAGAUAAAAAUUCAACAAUUGUUGUCGUGUUUGUGUUUAUUUCGUGAUAAGUGUUUAGUAUUUUGUGAGUAUUAUGAACUUUGAGGACUAUGAAACCCUCCCGACCCAAAGCUCCAUUACACACAUGACCGCCGGAGCGAUCGCGGGGGUCAUGGAGCAUUGCGUAAUGUACCCGCUGGACUCCGUGAAGACGCGAAUGCAGUCGCUGCGCUCAGCGCACAAUGGCAGCAUCGCAGAAACCUUCCGCUACAUGGUGCAGCGCGAGGGUCUCCUCAGGCCGAUCCGCGGCAUGUCUGCAGUGGUGAUGGGCGCGGGCCCGGCGCACGCCUGCUUCUUCGCCACCUACGAGCAGAGCAAGCACACGCUGUCGCAGCUCACGCGCCACCGGCACGACCACAUCACGCACGGUCUCUCAGGCUGCUUGGCGUCGCUGGUUCACGACGCCGUCUCAAAUCCCGCUGAAGUGGUGAAGCAGCGGCUGCAGAUGCUGAACUCGCCGUACCGCGGCGUGUGGGAGUGCGCGCGGCACGUUUACCGUGCCGAGGGUCUCCGCGCUUUCUACCGCUCCUACGGCACGCAGGUCGCCAUGAACGUGCCGUUCCAGGCGCUACAUUUCGUGACGUACGAGUGGUGUCAGUCGAUACUCAACCCUCGGCGCGCGUACGAACCUAAAGCGCAUUUGGUCUCCGGCGGGCUGGCGGGCGCGCUGGCGGCCGCCGCCACCACCCCCCUGGACGUGUGCAAGACCGUGCUCAACACGCAGGAAGCGGCCGCGAGGGCUGACGGCCUGGCGGCAGCCGCCGCGCUGGUCUUGAGGUCUGGCGGUCCCCUGGCCUUCUUCCGCGGCGUACAGGCCCGAGUGCUCUACCAGAUGCCCGCUGCCGGUAUAUGCUGGCUCACGUACGAAACGCUCAAACAUGCACUCACGAUCGACUUGAGUAGUGAAGAGAGUUCUGGAGGUAGCAGUAAUAGCACCACAGUCAGUACGGGUAGUGGGGUAGCCGCGGUGGGGGGUGGUGGGGGGCCGCUUGCGUGCGCCGCGCUGCGUCUCGCCGCGGCCGACGUGCCCACCACGCUCACACGCACCUAAACAAGGCACGGCGGGCACCGACCAUAUCGUGUCUACAAUGAACUGUACAGUGGAUAUUAGUAUUUCUGUUGUCAUAUAAACUAUUGUUUUUAUUUGUUUUGUAACGCACGAAACAGACAGAGGCUGGGUUACAUUCCGCGUUGUGUAACAAAAUGUAACUAUAAAAAAUUCGUCCUCCGCCCCGGCUUCUGUGUGUUUGAUGGUUUACUUUUGUGUUGUUUACGUUUGUUAUGUGAAGUAGAUCUAAUUUUAAUAAAAUCUUCGGUGUUGUUCGAAUAUGAAAGAAUAGCUUUUGUAUGGUUUACAAGGUUGGGGUUGGAAACCACGAACCACUAAAAGGUCUUUUAGCUAUAAAAUAAAGAAGUUUUUAAACUUAGCUGGCAGGGUCCAGGGAAUAGGUCCCCACUGAUCUUUUUAAAGAAUUUUAAGUCCGCGCGAUUUCUCGUUUUCCGCAGUUCGAGGUAACCAUAAGUAAUUUUGCAAAGUCCUUUAUUUUCCUGUGAAAGUCUCAUCAAAAUCGGUUAAGCCUUUUAUUAAUAAAAAAAACAGAUUAUUGAGAAAUUUCUUAAUAAUCAUGUAAGGUUUAAUAAAAUGAAAGGUAGGCAUUUAUAUAAGAAAUCUUCUAAAACAGGAACAUUGUUAAAAAAAGGUAUUUAAAUGCAGUCUUUAUUAUGAAACAGUGUGUAAUACGAUUUAAUUGUGCAAAAACAGUUGUGCGUUGUUAAUAAUAAAUUAAAUCUCAGAUUAGUCUGUUCUGGGAUUAUAAAAAAAAAAAAAUAUCUAACACAUGUCUAUUUCAUGUAUAGUUCUAUCAAAAAGCAUGCGUGACCGAUCCCAAACUAAAUUGCCCUUUACUUAUAGCACGCGAUUUGUGACAUGAAUUCGUAAUAUACAGAGUUGUUAUUACCCUCCAAAAUUGAUAGACGAUUACGAAUAUUGUAUCCACUCUAAAUAAUCGAUGGUUACAAUUAAAUUAGAUCUACUUAGCUGGAAAUUGUGUUUCGCUCAAUGGAAAAAAAAAAAUUAUAUUAUCGUAUUGAAUACGAUUUUUUUUUAUUUAAACAUAAAUAUGUGUCUACGGUCAGGGUUUCAUGAUUGUUAUAGGUUGCGUAACGUAAAAAGAACGCCGUCUGACCUGGGCCGAUGCAGUGUGCGAUUAAUACAAUAACACGCGAUUUAAUGGCUUAUUUAACCUUUAUGUACAUAUAGCAAACAAAAGACAACACAACACUGUGUGCAGUAUAGUGAUUUUGUAAGUGAAAUGUAUAUUAGCGCAACAUUAACGGCCUUUAGUUCUCUUUUUACGUGUCGCAAUUUAUAUUAAUCAGACACCUUUAUUUAAAAUUCAUAUAACCGAGAGUGGAACAAAAUUGAAAACGAAACGUAAACAAUUAAAGUCACAUUCAGACUGUCGGAAGGCGAUUAUUUGUGAUAUUAUUAAACUGCAUCAAACGUAGGAGUUGUUUUCAGCUCAACGAGUCCCCGAUCAGUCUGGACGCGCCCUAAGAAACUAAAGCUUUAAACGUACGGGAGAUCUGUAAAUUAAGGUUUGGUUUCCAAAUGAAUUAUGAAUUUUGUCGAGAACACAAACAAUGUUCAAAUAGCUGUCGUUAUAUUUCUUCAUUUUUUUUUGAAUAUUUGGAAUUGACUAAAUUUUUAUUUUUAUUAUUAUGUUUGGCUAGCCACCUAUGCGUGACUUUCUUUCUAUUAAAUAAAGCGAAUCUUAUUAAAAAUUAAGAGCAUAUUGUAAUUAUAUUCUGUCUAAUAUUGUGAGUGGUUGGUAAAGAUAGGGCAUAAAUAUCUAAGGUUGGCAAUAAAGUUAACAAUGGAGCUGUUAAUACCACCAAAUAUAUCCAAUGAUUUUUUAUGGUUGAGUGCCAGGUCACUAGUAUAUAAGUUAGUAGCAACUUUAGGUCAAUUUUCUUUAAAAAAAAAUAUAUGCUAAUGGCUAAUUUCAGAAAAACCCGUGGUUUUAGAUUAUCUGAGAUUUUUUUAUUUCUAUGAAAAAUCGUUUAAUAUCAGAGUCGCCUUCUUUAUUAGGUGGUAUUAACUAAUAAAUAAAUAUUUUUAACAAAAGUAAAUAAAUAUACAUAUUUAGCUAUUGUAACAACACUGAAUUGUGAUUAAAGACGUUUGUUUUUCUCAAAAGAAAUAACAAUUUGUAUGAGAAUAUUUACAACUUAUUUCUAUCUACGUAAGAUUAACAUGAGGGUGAAACAAUACAAUUAAUAUUUUUUGUAGUUAAAAAAAUUAAUAUUUUUUUUUGUAUUAAAAAUUCACGCGGACGUUUUAACAACUGGUGUAUGUUUUGCCGCCUUCCCAUCUGAGGUAUUUAUUCUCUAUAUUAUAUCCCAAUCACUGAAUAUUAUUAAUUAAAAUAAAUAGCAACAAAAAUACGUCAUAAGACAUUAUUUGUAUAAUGAAUGUGAUUAUUAUUAUUAAAUUACGAGCGAACGAAACCGAAAUGAAACGUUAAAAAUUAAAUUCAAUGCAGGAACAGAGCUCUUUAACUCGACUAUUACUUAUUAAACUUUUUAUAUUGGUCGGGUACCGAUCUCUUUGACCUUUUUUUUUAAAUUUCAAAUGCACGUUUUACCAGUCUGAUGACACAGACAGACCUACAAAUUUUCUUCUCUAUCUUCCUUUAUCUAUACUUUUUUUCCCCUUUCAAUAUCCAAGCUAUUUUCCGAUUGAACAAAAUAAUUUUGCUUUAUUAAUUACAGACUAGUCAACCGUAGGUCGGGUUAUAGAGAUUAUCCUGUACACGAUAUACAUACAAGUUGACUGACUUACUCUAGCGAGUACGUGCGCAUCGAUCAACUGUUUCGCACUAGCAAUCAUACAGUUGGGAAACGGUAAUAAAUUUUAAGAUUUACUUUCUUACCUCUUUCAUAAUAUUGACCAUAAUGUGUGAGUAAAGCUGAAUUAAUACUUAAUUUUGAAAAUUUGUAUAUUAAAAGUGUGAAGUGGUGCACUAGAUGACUGUAGUAGCUUAGUUGGCAACAAAGUACUCUUGCUAAGAUUGCUUUGGAAUAUAGUUAUGUGUAUAAAAAAAUAUUUUUAAACUAUUAUAAGGAACAUAUUUGAUUAUUUGUGGGAUGCGUGUGCUAGGCUAUCUCGCGAUGCAGCGAUCUUCACAAACACGCAAAAGAGAAAGCCUUUUGCUCACUUUGCACGCUGCAAAUUGUCGUUGUCCAACUGUAUGGUAGCCAAACUGCGACCGUGUGUUUAGCGGGAGCUCACCUCCCUUGUUAUUGUUAAUAAUUUUGUUAUAUACUGAAGUUUAUAUUAUUUUAAUCAUAUUUUAUAAUUUUGUUUUUGUUUUAUGUCCAUUAUUAGGGUAUCUAUUCGGUUUAGUUGGUUUGUCCGGUGAGUUGCGAUGGCAAAGAAAAUGGCAACUCGAAAUUUUUGUGCGACCUUUUUUUUUUUUUUUAAAUUGAUUGUUACAGCGUUCAUUAUUGAGAUUUUUGAAAAACUAAAAAAUACUAAGUUUCUGUAGUAAUUCUGUCAUUGUGUGAUUGUAAACAGUAUUUCUAACGACAGAGACAAAAAAAAAUGUGCAUGGAAAUUUUCGUGUGCUUUUUUUUUGGAAUAUUUUACAGCAAUGCAAAUCGUAUUAAUGUAAUGGUAGUAAUUCGAAAUUGUGCUAACGGCUACCAAAAUGAUAGGAUUAAACAAGCAAAAAAUGUCUCAAGUGCGAAAGUAAAAAUACCAGGUUUUUAAAUACACAUUUUACCCUCAGGCAAAUUGGUAACAGGUAUAGUUCUAGUAUCGAAACGCAUCAUCAAAGUAAAAUAGGCCUAAUUUAACUCGUUUUAGAGUGACUAAUUCUGCCAACGCUGGUCAGAGAAGAUUAAAGAAGUGUGGACAAAUUUAAGCUUUAAUACGAGCUUGAUUAUUACUGUUUUACUCUUGUCAUUGUAGUGGUACAAACGUCAAAAACGACUGUAACAUUGCGACUGUACCAUACUAAAGCCUUUUUCACCACCUUCUGAUAAGUUUCAGAUAACCUUAACAUAAGAUUCGUCACUUUCUUGCUUCAUGACAUAAUGUGUGAAUAAGCUAUCCGACACUAAAAUCCGAUAAGAGUGUGGUAAAGCAGGCCCUAAGGUAACUGGUAUCAUUUAUAUGUACAUCCCUAGACAAUUAUAUUUUCCCUGUAGAGUUGAACAAAAUGCAAAUUCCCUCAGGAAUGAAUAUUUGCAAAACUCUUAGUAUUCUUUCAAUAUAGACAAAUAUUUGAUGAGUUUGCGCAUUAUCCAAUUAGUACCAUUAUUUGAUUCAAAAAAUAAAUAUUAUUGUAGUGCUUAGAAUAAGGUUAGUAUAAUAAUGUAAAAAUAUAGAAUUGUUACUUGCAUCACGAUUGUUUAAGGUGUAUAACUUUUUGAGAUCUUGCCCUCUUUAGUUCAGCUAUUAAACAUCACAUCGCAGUGUGUGAGUUAUAAAAGGUAAAUGGAAACAUAUGUACACGGUCGCGAACUAAAAGGGCAUUAUUAAUAAACGUGGCAUUACGUCGGAAUAGCUAUGCCGUAUUUUUUCACAUUUAAACUGACAGAACAUUUCAAAUUCUAGAGCAUGACCAACCGCUGCGCUGUUAUGCCACGAUUAUCAAUAAGGCGUUUCAAACGUUAAUUUCCUAGUGUUAUAUUUGUAUGUGUGUGUAUAGUAUGCGGAACUAUGCGUGCAGGGUAGCCAACUCUCAAAAAAAUUUGGUUUUUUCUUGAAUUGAAAUAAAUUUUAGUUAGGCCAUUCUGAUAAAAUCAUAUCAGAUCAUCAUAUAAGAUAGGUCAUAACAUUAUUUUUUUUAAUUAAAAUUUUAGCUACAAGGGUUAAAUUUUCAGGUAUUGUUGUUCUAUUUUACCUCUUAGUGUCACUUAAAACUCUUAUUUGUUAACACUGUGUGACAAAAGUUUCUUUAUCAAUAUCACAAUUCAAAUUUCGUUUAAACGCACUUUUUAGGAAAAUGUAAAGUAUAUUGACCAAUAAUAAAAAUACUGAUACUUUAUAAUUAUACAAACAGAAUUGGCUACUCUUAUAUUAGAAUGCAUGUGUGUGUAUUUGUGUGUGUGAGUGUGUAAGAGUGGAGCGGAGAGCUGUGAUGUUGUGGAUAAUAUUCUAGUAAACAGUCGUUAUAAGUGUUGAUAUUAUUAAGGGUUUCAUUAUUACUUGAUAUUAACGAGUAGACGUGGGCGAUGCAAUGUGCAAAAAAACACGAAGCACACCGGAACACGUUGUAGAUUAGGUGCUGUUUCAUAUAUACGUAGUAAUUUCUAACAAUACGUCUCUUUUUGUAAAAGUAAAAAAGUUAUUUCUUAUUGUGUUUUCUAUUGCAACGAAAAAAAUCGACAUUUGUUUCCUCCGCAUUUUUAAUAAUUUUUAAGUACUUUUUCCAUUAUCUCUGUCCAUAAAUAGUGUAGGCUUUAAAUAUUAUUAUCAGCGUUCUUAAUCGAAAUUUCACAUUAAGUAUAAUGUUACAUUUUAGAAUAUAAUAUUAAUUAAUAUUAUUGACAAGACACGUAGUAGAAAAUUAGUAAAAAAAUUAUCAUAAAUUUAAAUGCGCGAUUGUAAUGAGACGUAGGAAUAGGAAAUUAGAAAACUAGCAUCUUGUACAUUGCACGCUAAGCGCCGAGUCCUUAUUUGUAAUGAUAUUCCAAUCGUAAUUUAGUCUUUCGUGCCAUCAAAUCCCUCAUUCAUUUGAAUUGCCACAUAUAUCCUGCCACCUACCUAUAAGGCAAGAGUAAAUAGGCAUAUUUUAGGCUCGAAAUCAAGCGGGAUCGAACCGAGUUCUUUUAAUUGGUUUCCAUCAGGCAUGAUUAUCGUCGAGCUCAAAUAUAUUUUGCACUAAAAACCAACAAAAUACUAUGUUACGAUUUGAAGUCACGGACGCAGGGCUCUUUAACUAUAGUUUGUAAUAAGUUACCCUAAUUGUAUCAAUUAUGUAAAAUACCAGUCUUAUUAAUGCAAUUUCUUUGAUCACUCAAUUGUACAAAAUGUAUAUUCGAUUUAAGUAGCAAUUUUCGAAUCACGUAAACAAACUUAAACUUUUUAAUAUUCAUUCUAGUGCACUACGUUAAACUUUACGUCGUCAUCAACAAAUUAGUUGCAGUAAAUAAAAUGUUAUCAUUGAAAUUGUUUACUCGGUUGGAAAAUUGUAUAUAAGCCUAUAAGGGGAUGGCCUCCUAUAAAGUUGUUGCGCGUGAGUGUGACUCAGUUAUGCGCGGCGAUUGUAACUGGUACCGUUACCUUUUGGUGUGGGUGUCACCUAAAAAGAGCGUUACCAAAUUUGCUGCGCGAGUUUUUACUUUUUAAAUGCAAAUGAGUCCGUCUUUCCAUUUAUUUUACAUAUAUUCGUAGAUUUAUAUAGUGCAUGUACUAAACACUGCAAUCAAAUUUACGGUUAUAUGUAUAAUAAGUAUAAUAAAAUAUAUACCGGUUCUACGAAUUGCUCUUCGUGUAGGUUUGUUCCUCUUUUUUUCGUGUCACCUACAGUAACUGUUAAUAAUAAGCUAUACACUGCUACCUAUUAGUUGGUACAUGUUAACAGUUACCUGUUAAUAUUUGUUACGUGAUAACUUUUACCUAUCAGCCGUUAGGUUUUAAUCUGAUGGAUGUUAAAUUUAACUAUUACCUACACAUAACUUUUACCUGUCAGCCACUGUUACCAGUUAACUAGUAUCAUGUACCUGUUAAUUGUUAGUAUGUCUACUCUCAUUUGGGCACUAUAGAGGGCUGUGAUUUGUAAUAUUAUCUUUCCGCGGAACUCAAAAUUGACAAACUUACGGUCACUCAUCUAACAAGAAAUAAAUUAUCUGUAACAUGUUCAUGCAGUCUACUAAAAUUAAUGAGAAUAAUGUACAGACCUAGUAGCUGUAAAGCUUCCAGAUGCGUCUUUAGGCGCUGGUCACCAUCAUCGUUUGCGAGCAGAGGAAUAGUGAGACUUUUAAAAUAUAAUUUGAAGUCUAAUGAAUUUGAUCUUUAAAAGUAGCCGGAUAAGUUCCGUUUUUCGCUGAUGUUACAGUGUUCCGAUGCUGGAAAAUGAGUUGUGAGCGUACAAAUCUUACAGGUACUAAGGGUAUAUUUGUAUACGGUGUAACAACUAUAGAUUAGAUUAGUGACCUGAUACCGGAUCCCUGUCAAUUAAUUCAACUAUGAUCCAUACCUAAUUGCAAAUGAGUAAACUCACAAAUUUUAUGGUGGUCUGGUCAUUAACUGCCAAUGUGUUAUAAGGGUGAGGGAAUCUACAAUUUAAUAACUCUCAAGCUAUCUACAUUUUGAUAGUUACUAAAGGUAACAACUGUCAAAUGACAAGAAGACAACAGUUUACUUAUAGUAACAAGUAACAACUAUCAACUAUAAGUUUACAGUAAGACUAGGCUUGGUGCACUAUUUACGUGCUGUCUUAGAAAUAACGUUAAACUGGAUAUUCACAUGUUUUUCAAAGCUAACCUAUUGAGGAUAUUUUAUAAUUUAUCUGUGGUAGUCUUUUAUUUUUAAAAUUUGUUAUGAUAUUAAAUACAUAGUGGAAAUAUUUACGGUGGCAUUCUGUAUAACUGGUUGAGUUUAACUCACUCUGAGACUACUGUAUUACAUGUUUGUAUAUGUGUGUAUGUGUGCGAAAGAGAGAGAUAGUGCAGUUGUCUGUGUGUGUGAUUGGGUCUGAGCGGGAAUUGUUGUAUGGUAUUAUUAAAACUAUGAAAUAUAAUGUAAAUUUGUUAGAGCGCGUGUAAAAUAUUAUUAUAGCUUUAGAUUACAGUCGGGUGGGGUAACAUUUGCAUGUGACUUUGACGGACAGCGAAUUAUUUAUUAAAUUAUUUUUUUUUUUUAAAUUACUUUGUCCGUAUGUACAAUAAGAGAGAACAGAUAAAAUUGCCCCACUUUGGCCUCAAUAGCCAUAGAGUAAAGGGUUUGACAUGUACAUAUGUAUGUUAUAUCUGGUUAAUAAUAGUGGUUUAAACCACUUUCAAAAAAAACAUAUGCUGUUGAAGUAACACAGUAGAGCAAAGUUAUCCAACCGGGGCGUAUUAUUAAUAAUAAUAAAUAUGAACAUCAUUCGGCGGAUGGAAAACUGGUCGGCGGUGCUACGAGUGAAGAUUGUAACAUGCACCGUGCAACGCACAUUCGGUUGAACUUCCUAAACACACUCAACGUUCCCCAUUGACAUAAUUCUUUAUAUUAUACAUGAUUAUUCCAAUGUUAUGAGAUAUUUGACGAUUAUUGUAUAUUUUUACGGCCCACUGGCGCUGUGGGUAGCGAUCCUCCUUUCUGUGUCCAAUGUUGUGGGUUAGAUUCCCAAAACUGGAAAAUGUUUGUGUGAUGAACAUCAUCGGUCAUCUUAGUACCCAUGACACGCUAAGCUUACUUUGGGGCUAGAUGGCGAUGUGUAUAUUGUCUUAGUAUAUUUAUUUAUUAUUUCCUGGUAAAGUUAGCGAGGGCAAGUGUAGCCACCCUAUUCAGUGACAUUAUCAGCUCUAUUAGAAUUAAUAAAUUAAAAUACACAGCUAGGCACAUGUCUUGUAUUUCAUAUGAAAAGAAUAAAUAACCUUCUCUUACACCAAUAUUCCAAUUGGUGUUUGUAUACUCAUCGCAGAUUUUGUAUGGGGAGCGCAGCUGCCCGAUUCACUAACUUUACCAAGAGUUGGCAAGCGGUGGUCACAUGUUAUCCCCAUACAAAAUAUGCAAUGAGUUGACAACUGUCGCUAUCAAUCGCUAUUGCUCAACAUGGGAAGUAAUAAUUGUUGCGUUGCGCGGUGUGUGCGGGAAGAGGGAAGGAAGCGCAGCUCAUCGGGAGGAAGAUUAUAUAUACUAUUGUUUCGUGUACAUUGCUUAAGAUGGAUUCACGUUACGCCUCACACAGCCCGGGUCUCAGUAAACUGAAAAUGUCCCUCUUGUAUUUGUUCCCGAUCGUGCAAGGCGUAACAGGAAUCCACCUUUAAUACGUAUCUGUUAUAUGAUUGUAUAGAUGAGUGCCACUAAAUUGUUAGUUGUAAGAGUUGCGACUGUACUGGCCUGUGCGGCGCUGGACACGUCUGGGCAGUCGACACACACCAAGUGACGUUUACUUGACAAGUGACGUUCAAGAGAAACAGAAUAAACAUUUGGA